ACAUGUCAGCAUUUUUGAACUAGACGUUCUUCCUGGGGACACUGGUACGGAACGAACGCGUUCGUUUGAAGUUGCCCUCCGUGACGUGGAGAAGCCCCAGCGCAUCUUUUUGCACCCGAAGGACAGCCGAGUGUUUGUCACUGUGCAUCCAUCAAGCUUGCGCUUGUGGAGCAUACCGCGUAUUAGCAAGGAGAUAGCUCCCGGUGGAAUUCUAUUCCCAGAUCGGGCGCAGCUUCAGCGAUGCUGCUCCACCGUUCUUUUGCCCAAGGGAGGGAAUGGCUCCAGAGAGGGUGCCCUACAGAUUUGGGAUGUGGCGUUCUCUGUCGAUGCAAGCUGCCUCCUUGCCUUGACUGAUAGCCUUUUAGUGUGGAAAGUCUCCACAGACAGCAGCGGACUAACAGGUUUGCAGCUUGUCCAGCAGUUGGCCAUGGAAACCGAUGAGGACUUUUGCGAUGUGCCCCAGAUUCUGCGGUUUGUUGGCACGCCGCAAGUUCAAGCGAUUGUGUUGGCGUCGCCCAGCGGCUGUGACCUGCGUGUGUACAGAUUUUCCUCCACGAGCUCAUCGCCCGUGGGGCCACUCCUGCAGCUUGUGCGCUUGGCAUCUGCAGGCUCCAAUGCAGCAGCGCGGUUGGAAGUUGACAAUACUGCGU